AUUAUUGCAAGACUUCAGUGAACUUAGCUUUUAGAAGUCAAACAGUCAAUACUGUCAGUUCAGUUUAGACAGCGAUGUUAAACACACUAAAAUACAAACUUGUGACGGUGAUCGGGCUUACUUGUCUCUUUUUGAGCGUAAAUGGAUGUGCUGCAAAAAGCAUUAACCGGACCUUCACCAUUGAUCAUGUAGGCAAUACAUUUUUAAUGGACGGCUUGCCAUUCCGAUAUGUCUCAGGCUCGUUUCAUUAUUUCCGCGCUUUGCCUCAAGUAUGGGCCGAACGUUUGAAGACAAUGCAUGCAGCCGGCUUAAAUGCCAUCGAUACCUACAUUGAGUGGUCUUUGCAUAACCCGCACGACGGCGUCUACAACUGGGAUGGUAUUGCUGAUAUUGAACGCUUCUUGGAAUUAGCACAAAAGGAAGGUUUAUAUGUAGUGCUACGACCGGGUCCAUACAUUUGCGCGGAGCGUGAUAAUGGCGGAUUGCCACAUUGGCUUUUCACCAAGUAUCCCGAAAUUAAAGUGCGCACCAGCGAUCCUUACUAUCAAUUGGAGGUAAGCAAAUGGUAUGCAAAAUUAAUGCCACGCCUACAACGGUUUCUCUACGGCAAUGGUGGCCCAAUUAUAACGGUGCAAGUAGAAAACGAAUAUGGAGCCUUUUAUGCCUGCGAUGCGAAACAUUUGCUUUGGCUGCGCGAUGAAACCGAAAAAUAUGUUCAAGGAAAUGCCGUACUUUUCACAACGGAUCAACCUGAUAAUGGUUUGGAAUGUGGCAAAAUUGAAGGCGUACAUGCGACAGUUGAUUUUGGAAUAGGUACGAACUUCGAUAAGCACUGGCUUGCAAUGCGCAGGGUCCAACCAACCGGACCGUUAGUAAAUUCUGAGUUCUAUCCCGGUUGGUUAACCCAUUGGGGAGAGGAGAAUCAAAGACGUGAUGGGAUGGAAGUAGCAGAUUCACUGAGACGAAUACUCGAAGCUGGCGCCAGUGUAAACUUUUACAUGUUCUUUGGAGGCACGAACUUUGGUUUCACCGCUGGCGCUAACAAUUAUGGAGACUACGUAGCUGAUAUCACUUCUUACGAUUACGAUGCCAUAAUGGAUGAGGCGGGUAAUGUCACUAAGAAGUUCGAAAUGAUACGUAAAGUCAUAGCCGAUUUUAUCGACGUGCCAAACGAAGAGAGCUGCAAUGGUUGCAUAGAAACGCAACGCUUGGCUUACGGUAAUGUAACGCUAAAGCCCGUUACCAAUUUACUCUCAGAAGUAGGACGCACUACAUUGGCGAAAGGCGUACCACUGUCAGCCGAAAAACCACUCACAUUUGAAAACCUCGAUCAGUAUUCCGGCCUAGUUCUGUACGAAACCGAAUUGCCACAUUUGGAAAUCGAUCCCACAGUUCUCACAGUCAAUGAAUUGCAUGAUCGUGCCUUUGUAUUUGUAGAUGAUGAGUUGGUUGGCACAUUGUCGCGUAAGAACGGUAUCUUGUCGGUGCCAUUAAGCAAAGGAUGGGGUAGCGUUCUACAAAUUUUGGUUGAAAAUCAAGGACGUAUCAAUUAUGAAACUAUGAACGAUACCAAAGGUAUUUUAGGAGCGGUAACAGUGGAACGUUUCAAUGGGAAACAGGAACUCAAGAAUUGGGUCACAACUUCUUUUCCGUUGGAAAGUGAACAAAUAAUGUUGACUUCAGCAACGCUUAAAAGCGGAAUGAAAACCGACGUAGUACCGAAAAGCAAAAUUUUAAGGAAUGGACCUGUAAUAUAUCACGGUGAAUUCACAGUGGAAAAACUCGGCGACACUUAUCUAAAUCCAACCGGUUGGGGCAAGGGUGUGGUUUAUAUAAAUGGCUUCAAUUUGGGACGCUAUUGGCCGUUGAUAGGGCCUCAAACAACGUUAUAUCUUCCCAAGGAUUUACUAAAUGUUGGCACGAACACGCUGGUUCUUUUGGAAUACCAGAGAGCUAACUUAAAUGAGGCAACUGGAGAGUAUACCGUGACACUCGACGAUAAACCGCAGUUAGAUGGAUAAUUAUUUGCUUAUUAAAGAGCGUUUUGUUAUUGUUGUAUUUUCUGUCUUUUUUUUAACUGGAAAUGUUUUAUAAUAAACAUUGCUAUUAAAUGAAAAAA